AUGUCGCUCGAUCCGCCCACCUAUCUGGCCUCCCUGCAAAGCAACAUUCGACAACGACCAAUUCCAUGGGACGGCGCCGUUCGGGCGGGUACGCUUACCGAAGAGCAAUACGCAAGGAUUCGUGCUGUUGACAAGGCAAAGAAGCUGGAGCAGAGAAAGGAGGUUGUUGAAGGUGAUCUCGAUGGAUACAGAAUGCUCUUUGUUGGCAGCUCAGCCAAGCCAAGUGUGCUGGAGACGGCAGGCAAACAUGCCAAUGUUAUUCAUUCUGACCUAGGUGGAGGCACCUCCCGGCCGGAUGCAUCUGCCAAGUCCUCUACCAUCCCAUCAUCUUCGCCCCCAUUUUCGAGGAGAACCGGCAUCUCGACUGACAUUUGGCCCCUGCCUCUAGCUGUCCCGCCUCUAGCAAAAGCAUUGUUCAAGGACACCGACCCAUACAGGCAUUUCCUACCGUUGCUGCAUUCAAACACCACCGACGACCCCAUUCCGCUCCUUGCAUCUCAUGCCUUGACGAGUCUGAUGUGUCUGUCACGGGACGAAUCCAAAGCCACCCAACAGGCCUUGCCUGUAGUGUUCACCUACCUGUCUGGAUUGGCCAAAAAUGCUGAUGCCGGUCUGCAAGACAUAGCCGUGCAGGAAUACUCGACACUGCUCUGUGGCCGACCCUCACGCCAAAAGUUUUGGAACCAGAGAAGCGAGACCGUUCAACCCCUUGUCAAGAUUCUGCAAAGUGCUGCUGGAAUUGGGAGCGGCGGAGACUCUGCCGCCAAUCUGUGGAGCGGCAACGUCAGCGUUCGCAACGCUGGGUUCGAGGGAUCUCUGGGUGGCGGUGUGGGCCUCCAGUUGCUGUACCAUGUUUUGCUCGUUAUUUGGCAGCUGAGCUUUGAGGCUGAUGAGAUUGGCGACGACCUGAACGACGAGUACGACGUCAUUUUGCUUUACACUCAACUUUUGCGGCUGUCGCCAAAGGAAAAGACGACAAGGCUCAUCCUCUCCACGCUGUACAACUUGCUCGAAAAGAACCAAACCUCGCUUCUCCCCACUGCCGUUCUCGCCCGACUACCGGCUCUGUUGGAAAACCUGGGCAGUCGCCACAUGACGGACCGUGAUCUAUUGGAAGAUUUGCAGAGCCUCAAGGAGUUGCUUGACGAGUACACCAAGACCAAGACAACCUUUGACGAAUACGUUGCCGAGGUAAACUCGGGUCACCUCCGCUGGUCGCCGCCUCACCGAAGCCAAGUAUUCUGGGCUGAGAACGCCAGAAGGAUCCUCGAGUUCGAGAACGGCGAGAUCGCCCGCAAACUUGCCGAAAUCAUGCAGAAGCCGUGGGACAACGACAAGCAAGUUCUAGCGAUUGCCUGUAAUGACAUUGGCUGCCUGGUCAAGGAAGUCCCCGAGAAGCGCUAUCAAUUGGAAAGGGUGGGCCUCAAGACCAGGGUCAUGGAGCUGAUGCAGAGUGACGAUGAAAACGUGCGAUGGGAGAGUUUGCGGGCGUUGGGCGGCUGGCUCAAGUACAGCUUUGAGCACCAGUAG